AUGUCAGGGAUAUUUCUGUUGAUGGUGCAGCUCAUUCUGUGGCUGCAGCUGCCUCACUUUGAGUGCAAGGCAAAGCCUGUGAUGUGUACCAUGACUGAUCCAGUCCAGCUUCCAUACAAGUAUUAUCAGAGGGGCGAUCUUAUCAUUGGAGAAAUCGCUUCUACAUUUGGCUGCUUAUUUGAUGAAAUGUCUUUCCAAAAACAUCCCAAAACAAUGUUGGUAGAUGACUUUCUUGCAAUACUGAAAAGUUACCAGCAUGUCCUGUCCUUGGUAUUUGCUGUGAAGGAGAUCAAUGCGAACCCCAAGAUUUUACCCAAUGUCAGCCUGGGCUUUUACAUUUAUGACAGUUUCAAAAAUGCAAGGAUGACUUAUCAGAACACACUAAAACUUCUUUCCAGCUCAGAAAGGCUGACUCCCAACUUCAAAUGUGAGAAGCAAAGAAAUUUGAUAGCUGUCAUUGGGGGACUUGACUUUGAUGUUUCACUUCAAAUGGCGACACUCUUAGGCAUCUAUAAGAUUCCACAGUUUCAGACCUUCCUGAAGAGCAUCUCAUUCAACAACAGUGCUGGGGAAACAAUCUCUUUUGAUGAGAAUGGUGAAUUAGCAGCUGGAUUUAAUAUUGUCAACUGGGUUACUUUCCAAAACAAAUCCUUCUCAAGAGUCAAAGUAGGAAGGAUGGAUCCACAGGGUUCACCAGGACAAAGGCUUGUGAUUAAUGAUGAGAUAAUCACAUGGCACAGCAUGUUUAAUCAGGCAUUGCCUCUUGCAUUGUGUAAUCACAACUGCCUUCCGGGCUACAGCAAAAAAAAGAAGGAGGGGGAGCCUUUUUGUUGCUAUGACUGUGAUCCAUGUCCAGAAGGGAAGAUUUCUAAUCAGAAGGAUACGGAUGAUUGUUCCAAAUGCCCAGAAGAGCAAUUUCCAAACAGGAACCGAGAUCAAUGCAUGUCCAGGCUUCUAAACUUCCUCUCUUUCACAGAAUCUUUGGGAUUCACAUUAGCUGUAUUGGCUCUGUCUCUGUUUCUGAUCACAGCUUUGGUGCUUGGAGUUUUCAUCAAGAACCAUAACACGCCCAUCGUCAAAGCCAACAACCGGGACCUCACCUACUCUCUGCUUAUCUCCCUAUUACUCUGCUUCCUCUGUUCCCUGCUAUUCAUUGGCCAGCCUCAGACAGUGACCUGUUGUUUAAGGCAAACUGCUUUCGGCAUCAUUUUUUCAGUGGCGGUUUCUUGUAUAUUGGCAAAAACCAUCACGGUGGUUCUGGCCUUCAUGGCCACUAAGCCAGGAUCCAGGAUGAGGAGAUGGGUGGGGAAGAAAGUGGCCAACUCUAUUCUUCUUGGUUGUUCCCUGGUUCAAGCCAGUAUUAGUACUGUAUGGUUAUGUACCGCUCCCCCCUUCCCAGCUUUGGACAUGCACUCUCUGGAUGAAGAAAUUAUAGUGGAAUGCAACGAAGGAUCAGUCACCAUGUUCUAUUGUGUCCUGGGAUAUUUGGGAUUUCUGGCUAUUGCCAGUUUCAUUGUAGCUUUCCUAGCCAGGAAAUUGCCUGACAGUUUCAAUGAAGCCAAGUUCAUCACUUUCAGCAUGUUGGUCUUUUGCAGUGUCUGGCUGUCCUUUCUUCCAUCUUACCUGAGCACAAAAGGCAAAUAUAUGGUGGCUGUGGAGAUCUUCUCCAUUUUGGCCUCUAGUGCUGGAUUACUGGGUUGUAUCUUUUCCCCUAAAUGCUACAUAAUUAUCCUUAAGCCUCAACUGAACAGCAAGGAUAAUCUAAUAAGGAGAAAUGAAUAA